CUGCCUAAAUGAUAGAAGACCAGUUUGUUAAGAAAAUAUUUUGAUUCAGAGCCUCCUGGAAGGGGAAUAUCCUAAGGAUCUGAACAGAGGCAUUGAGGAGGUGGUGGAAGGAUGGUCACAAUUGGGAAGGAGCAGAAAAGGGACUAAGGACCCUGGCUUGGUGGAAAUUUGAGGGCAAGGCAAGGACCAGUGUUUCCCAGGAUGUCACGCAAGGAAGCACAGUGACAGCUCUCAAGCACUACUGGAAAAGCAAGAGUAAAAUAAAGCAAACACAUGGAAAGAGUCUCAGAGAGCCAGUGGCAGAGUGGAAAUCCCCAACAUCCAAACCACAGCCAGAAGAGGUGGCAAACUCAUCCAGGGACAGUGAGGGAUGAUGAGGAAACAUCCUGUGAGAGCCAGGCAGAGCAUGGACCAGGUAUUUCACUGACCUAGGGAAGAGAGGGCAGCCGCCAAGCAUGCUGCAUUUUACAGCCUUGGUGGAAAAUUCCAGCCCUGCAUAAUCUCCUGGGGUUCCUGUAAGAUUGUGACACAGAGAGAGGGACCAAACAGGAAAGAAUUAAGAGGAAAAAUGCCUCUCUUCUGGCAGCCACCAUGGCUGUGCCAGGAGUUAGCAGCAGCGGAGCAGCCAGCCCUGCCUCCCCCUCCUCCGGCCGCCUCUAUAAACACGCAGGGCUUACUCAGAAGAUUAGGAGGGAACAGGGCAAAAGACAACAGAGUCUCUUUUGUAAUGAGGAGGGAUUACAGCAUCAAGUGACCGGCUGCAGCUCCCAAGUGGGUCUCAGGCUCCUUAGCACACCGUGUGGGGCAGGUCCAAUCCCCCUAUGAGCCAAGGGGGCACGAGGAGGUGGGUGGUGGCCCGGGCCACAAAGGACCCAGCGGGGACACGUGCAGGACCAAACCUCCCCAGCCUCCAGCACGGCUCAGGAGCCCAUGACUGAGCUGUGAUGACAGUGACCUACACCAACCGUGUGGCUGAUGCCCGCCUGGGCACCUUCUCCCAGCUCCUGCUCCAAUGGAAAGGCAGCAUCUACAAACUGCUCUACUCAGAGUUCCUGAUUUUCAUCUCGCUCUACUUCACCAUCAGCCUUGUCUACAGGCUGAUUCUGAGCGAGAGCCAAAGGCUGAUGUUUGAGAAGCUGGCGCUGUACUGCAACAGCUACGCCGAGCUAAUCCCUGUAUCCUUCGUGCUGGGUUUCUACGUGGCCCUGGUGGUGUCCCGCUGGUGGGCCCAGUACGAAAGCAUCCCAUGGCCAGACCGGAUCAUGAACCUGGUGUCCUGCAAUGUGGAUGGGGAGGACGAGUAUGGGAGGCUCCUGCGCCGCACCCUGAUGCGCUACAGCAACCUGGUCAGCGUGCUGAUCCUGCGCUCCGUCAGCACCGCUGUCUACAAGCGCUUCCCCAGCAUGGAGCACGUCGUGAGGGCAGGUCUCAUGACACCAGAAGAGCACAAGAAGUUUGAGAGCUUGAAUUCCCCCCACAACAAGUUUUGGAUCCCAUGCGUGUGGUUCUCCAACCUGGCUGUGAAGGCGAGGAAUGACGGGAGGAUCCGGGACAGCGUGCUGCUCCAAGGCAUCCUGAAUGAGCUCAACACCUUGCGCAGCCAGUGUGGGAAACUCUAUGGAUACGACUGGAUCAGCAUCCCCCUGGUCUACACCCAGGUGGUGACCGUGGCUGUUUACAGCUUCUUCCUGGCCUGUCUGAUCGGGAGGCAGUUCCUGGAUCCAGAGAAAGCAUAUCCUGGCCAUGAGCUGGAUCUCUUUGUGCCUGUUUUUACAUUUCUGCAAUUCUUUUUCUACGCUGGCUGGUUAAAGGUGGCCGAGCAGCUGAUCAACCCUUUUGGGGAGGAUGAUGAUGACUUUGAAGCCAACUGGCUCAUUGACAGAAACCUGCAGGUCUCCCUCAUGGCAGUGGAUGAGAUGCACCAGGAUUUACCCAUUCUGGAGAAGGACCUGUACUGGAAUGAGCCUGAUCCCCAGCCACCCUACACUGCAGCCACCGCUGAAUACAAGCGCCCAUCCUUCCUGGGCUCCACUUUUGACAUCAGCAUGCAGAAGGAAGAGAUGGAGUUCCAGCCCCUGGAGCAGAUUAAAGAGAAUGAGGAGGCCAACCACUCCACUCCCUUGCUGGGACAUCUGGGUCGCCUCCUGGGUGUCCAGUCCCCAAACUUCUCCAGGUCCUCUUCCCGGAUGAACCUGCUGCGCCGGCGAGGAGAUCCCACAUCGCCCUUCUCCCAUUAUACCUACCAGGACAUGGGGAAGGCCGGAAGCCCUUGUGGCAUCAAUCAGCCAAGGGGAGACUCCCAGGAGCAGUGGGACAGCGAAGAGGGAAAACUAAGGGAGUUUGAUGCUUUCAUGUCCACCCCCUUUUAUGAGAGGCCUGGGUUCUACAGUGCUCCACAGACACCCAUCAGCUCCAUCCCCAUGAUUUUCCCUUCCCGACGCCAAGGGCGCAAGAAGCCACCGGCCCUCUCCAGCAUUGCUGCGUGCUCCACUUCCCUUCGGGAUGUCAUUGUCAACGCCUCCCCUUCCAGGGCCAGUGACAUGGACAAGAGCCAGAGCUCCCUGGGUUCUGCUGCAAAAGAAACCUUUGUUUGGCCAACAGAGCGGAGCAAAGGUCCCGACUCCAUGGCUGUGACAGUAGAAGAAGGAAAGAGCAGCUCCAGGGAAGCUGCCACCACAGGAAGCCCAGGAGCGCAGUCCACAGCAUCCAACAGCCCCAAAUUCCCCUUCCUGCCAGAGCCCCCUGAGCGUGAGAAGCAAGGCAGCUUCAAAAGCCUGAAGAGCUCCAAACCCUCACACCCAUCCUGGCUAAACCUGGAGAACAUGGCUUCAGCCACUCCCAGUUCAGAGCAUUCCACUGCCUUUCACACCCCCAGUAACAAAACCCCUGGAGGCAGCACCACCCUCUGCUUCUCCUUCACUCCAGUCACCUCUCCAGUGCUGGAAAGGUCCCACAAAGGCAACCUGGGCCCUGAGGCUCGCAGCCUGAGUUUGGAAGAUGCAGCUAGUGCUCCAGACCAGCAUCCAGAGGUUUCCAGGAACAUCAGAGACACUGGGAAUGUAAAUACUAAUCCCCCAGCUCCCAAAGAGCCCAGGAGAGCAGAGAGUCCAUCCCCCAAUGACUCUGGAAUCUCCCUAGCUGAGGGUGACUAUGUGGGGCUGAUGGAAGUGAUCCUGGAGGCCAGUGAAAGCCCAGGGGAAGAGCAGAUGGACCAGUACAGCUAAAGGGGAAUCCAUGGGAUACCUGCCUUAUCCUGGCCCUCACCCAAACAGAGGUGCUGAACAUGCAGCUGGAGCCCAGCCUGGGCUGAAACCAGCACUAAGGACAUGGCUGCUCCUGCCCUCAGCUACAGCAGCAGGCACAACCCAUGUUGCAACAAGACCAAAAGCACCAAAAAAACCCAACUGUAGCAAAAUAACAAGACUUUGAGUGUUAAAGACUGCAGGUACCAGCCAGGCAUAGCCCAGAAUAGGAGCACAGUCGACGUGGAUACUUCCCUCCUCCUCACAGCAAGAAUGAGAGCUUGAGUCCUUCCUCAGGCAGGACUUGCACUCCUAACAAGAUACUUCAGGGAAAAGUAAGGGACUGAAAAGAAUCCCGUAUUUUGUGAUGCAGACCCACCGUGCCUUUUCCAGGCCUGCCUGGCUAGUGUUUUUCAGUACUGGGAUAAGGCAGGGCAAGGGCCUGCCAGCACAGACAGCUGCAGCAUCUGCCCAGCACACUGCUUCCUUCCAAAGGUCCACAUCUGCCACCACAGAUCUGACAGUGCUCAGAGAAAAGCUGGAUGGCAGCAGACACCACUCAGCUCAUUUUUUACUGCCUACCCUCAGAAAAUAAAAGAGAGGCUCAAGCCCAGGACCUUGGUUUCAUUUCCUCAUUUUAGUUCCCUGCAAGGAAUUUAAAGAAACCAGAGGUUUUCCUACUUCUGCCUUCAGCAGCAGCUGCAAAGCCCCCAUGUCACACAACAAGUUGACCUCCCACAGCCUUCACUACAGCUGCCUGCUCCCCCUCCAAACUAAACAGGAAAAGCCAGCUGGAACCAAGUCACUUUAUUGGCUGGAGGGCAGUACAUAAAACACAAAGAGAGGGGAAAAUAUUUGGUACAGAGUAUGGAACUGUUUAUCUAGAUAGCUGAAGCUGCAUGCACGGCUGGA